UGGAUAUUUCCUGAGGACCACACGUUCUUAGUUAUUUGGUUAAACCUCAAUAACAUCCGUACAUUAUGAUUGAAGCCAUAUACGACACGUUCUCUACCUCCGGGUCAGUAUGGGUUCUCCUAUUGGCUCCUCUGUUUCUGGCGCUGCGGUAUGUCUUAAGAGCCUUCAACAAGCCUCAGCAUGGGAAACACUUUGAGAAACAGGACAUAGAGCAAGAAAUCGAGCCUUUGGAAAUUUUCGAUUUCCGCAAGGAAGCCCCUAUCAAAUAUCAACCAUAUAAGACACAAGGCCAUGUUACAAUGGGAAUCCAAAAGCGCACUCGUUCAGAGUGGAUUCGAAUGGAUCGUGGCUACUUAGACCGAAUUAAUGAGCGUUUGCCUUUAAUUCGAGGGAAGCCUGAGUUCACCAUUGGGACGGGCGAGAAGGUCAACCCGGCUAUCGAGGAACUAUACGAAGAAAUUAUGAUCAAACACCUACCCGCCAGGUUCCCGACUAUGUUCAAGGCUCGUGGAAAGACAGUCAAGAACUUAGCCACUGGUACCACUUACCCGCUCACGACUGCCGGAAUAACCCACGCGCAAAUGCUUGCAUACAUGGGAGAGAACGUUGAAGAAGACUUUUACUUCAUGUGCCCCGACCAUGACGGACAAUACCGCUUGCAGGGCUACAUCGCUUGUUUCCCUGGUGGUUUUUUGAGUCCAGCCCGAGUUGGUGAGUCUGUGCGGGAGAUCCACAAGCCAGUUCCAGGCUAUGAAAGGAAGCUUGGGCUUAGUGUGGAUCGGUAUUUUGGUCGGAUGAUACCUGGGGACUUCAUUGGACGUAUGAAUUGGUCGUUACAAGUCGAUGGAGCUGACUUGUUCCGGACGGACGGAAACAACUACUACCCCGGAACGGAGCAGGUAGUCUCGGAGUACAAGGAGGAUCCGUCCCUCGACGAAUGCUACUUGCGCGUGGAACACCAGACGCUCACAAAGCUACCACGGACAAGCGCAGUCAUAUUUACGGUGCGGUCUUACAUGACCCCACUACACCAAGUGAAAGCUGAGGGAGAUGGAAAAGAGUUAGCAGCAGCCAUUCAGUCCAUGCCUGAAGGGCUUGGCUAUUACAAGAUGCGCCAGUACUGGGGCAGAAAGGUACUUCCGUGGCUGAUGGAAGAUAUCUAGUUUUUCUAUGUUGCCAGUGGCAAUGAAAGACGUGGAACUUUGCCCAUCUAUAAGAAUCUUGAUUCUUAGAGUGGGGUUAAAGCCGAACCUUUGCUAGUUAGUCAGGAAACAUUACGGGAGCAAGUAAAAAGAAAAUAAAAAAUAAGAAAAACAUAUAAAUUAGGUAGGCGUUCAUUGGAGUGCUGGAUAAUAAAGCAUUGUAACUUAGCGUAAUUGUUGUUUGAGGUAUGCCCCUUGACCAUUAGCGUCCCCAUUGAGCCAUCGUUAUACUAGACCCUUCAUAAUCCUCUUUAAAGCAUCCAGGAGUCUC